GCCGGAAGCGGUGUCAUGGCGGCGUAUCCGGGGCAGGGCUUCCCCGGCUCAGGACCGGCCCCCGGCGCGCCCCCGGCCGGGCCCUACCCCGGGUCUCCUUACGGAGGCCCCUACGGACAGCCCGGCCCCUACGGACAGCCCGGGCCCUGCGGACAGCCUGGGCCCUACGGACAGCCCGGGCCCUACGGACAGCCCGGGCCGGCUCCCGGAGGCGGUGCCCCCCCGGGCGUGGACCCCGAGGCCCUCUCCUGGUUCCAGGCGGUGGACGCCGAUGGCAGCGGGUUCAUCUCUGUCAAGGAGCUGAAGCAGGCGCUGGUCAACUCCAACUGGUCAACGUUCAACGACCAGACCUGCCUGCUGAUGAUCAACAUGUUUGAUAAGACCAGGUCAGGACGCAUAGACGUGUACGGCUUCUCGGCCCUGCUGCGCUUCAUCCAGCAGUGGAGGAACCUCUUCCAGCAGUAUGACAGAGACCAGUCAGGCUCUAUCAGCUUCAGUGAGCUCCAGCAAGCUUUCUCCCAGAUGGGCUAUAACCUGAGCCCCCAGUUCAGCCAGCUGCUGCUGUCCCGCUAUGCCCAGCGCUCCUCCAGCCCCAGCAUCCAGCUGGACCACUUCAUCCAGAUCUGCAUGCAGCUGCAGAGCAGCACCGACGCCUUCCGCGAGAAGGACACGGCGCUGGCGGGCAACGUCAGGCUGAGCUACGAGGACUUCCUCACCAUGGUGGUGACUCGCAUGCUGUGACACUCUCAGCUGAGGGCCAGGAGCUCCGUGGGGCUCUCCUGGAGCUCCGUGGGGCUCUCCUGGAGCCCUGUGGGGCUCUCCUGGAGCAGCAGCCAUCCUCAGCUCCAUGCUGAGGAUUCGCUUCCUGAAGAGUUCCCCUGAGCCAGCUUUCCAGCCUGCUGGAGCCCUCCUGAUUCUGGUUCAUUGUCCUCAUGCCAAACUGGAGUUCUGUUCUGGGGCUAUUCUGGGCAGCUGCCAAACCAGUAGCCUGUGCCAUGCCUCCCAAGAAGCACUUAGACUUUCCCUCAACAAACAAAAAGUCAUACAUAACCCUCUCCUUGGCAGGAUGGCUGUGGUGGAACAUCCCUUUCUCGGCAUGUUUUUGGGACUCUGUGGUGACCAAGAGCUGAGCUGUCAUUUAAAGAGCAGCAGGAAUGUCACAAGUGAUGGCAGAGCUGGACUGGGCCCUGUUGCUGCAGGGUUGUGUGUCCCUCCCACUCCUUGUUGCCAAGAUCUGUCUUGAUUUGUCUCCAUCUGGUGAAGCCAAACUCAGAAAUGGUUUAGUGCUAAUUUUUACAGCUUUUGAAUAAAAGAUGGUGUGUGCUGGGCA